CUAAGGGGGCGGGGCCGUGGGCCGGCGGAAGACGGAAGCGGGUGAUGCGGGGAGGAAACAUGGAGGAGACGGCCGGGGAGAGAGCCAACCUGGCCGGGGUGCGGCACAUCCUGCUGGUGCUGUCGGGGAAGGGCGGCGUUGGGAAGAGCACCCUCUCCACCGAGCUGGCCCUGGCGCUGCGGCACGCUGGGAAGAGGGUGGGGAUCCUGGACGUGGACCUGUGUGGGCCCAGCAUCCCGCGCAUGCUGAGGGUGCAGGACAGCGCCGUGCACCAGUGUGACAGCGGCUGGGUCCCCGUCUUCGUGGGCCAGGACAAGGCCAUCGCCCUCAUGUCCAUCGGCUUCCUGCUGGAGCGGCCGGACGACGCCGUGGUGUGGAGGGGACCCAAGAAAAACGCUUUGAUCAAACAGUUUGUCACCGACGUGGCCUGGGGGGAGCUGGACUUCCUCAUCGUGGACACGCCGCCGGGCACGUCUGAUGAGCACAUCUCCACCGUGGAGGCCUUGAGGCCCUACCAGCUGCUCGGGGCAGUCCUGGUCACAACACCUCAGGCUGUGUCCGUGGGGGAUGUGAGGCGGGAGCUGACGUUCUGUAGGAAGGCAGGACUGCGAAUCCUCGGCAUCGUGGAGAACAUGAGCGGCUUCGUGUGCCCCCACUGCUCCGAAUGCACAAACAUCUUCUCCAAAGGGGGAGGCGAGGAGCUGGCCAAGCACGCCGGGGUGCCCUUCCUGGGCUGCGUCCCCCUGGACCCCCAGCUCAGCCAGAGCUUGGAAGAAGGCAGAGACUUCAUCCAAGAAUUUCCCAAGAGCUCUGCCUUCCCUGCCUUGACUCACAUUGCCCAGCAGAUCUUGGAUACAUCGCAGAGGAGCUCCUGAGGGAGGUGUGGAGCUGGACUGGUGCCAGACUGGCAGCCCCAGCAGCGGGAAGGGGAUGCAGGAACUGUUCAACUGUAACUGGGGUGUGAGGGGGGGAGCACAGAUUCCUGCUGCUGCUGGCAGUCCCAGAGGGAAGAAGCCACAUCCCCUCAUACUCAAAGAGACUCUGGAGCUGCAGUGUCCAGUGCUGUUCUUCCCUGAGCAUUUCCACAUGGCUCUGAUCACCUGGAUCAUGGCUCCAUGUGCUGCUGCCUUCUCCUGCUGCCCCUGCCUGAUGGAUCACACAGGGCUUGCUUCAGUGGCUGGCUCAUGCUGGGUGCUCCCAUGUGGAGCCAGGCCAGGCCCCUGAGCUGGGAAUUCUCGGCUGGCUGGUUCCUGAUGGGCCAUGAGGGCACAGCACAGCGUGGGCUGGGCUGAGGAGACACCUUUGGGAGCUGUCUGGGAGCUGCAUCCCAUCGUGCUGGGGAGGAGCCCUCAGGCCUGCUGGGCUUCUGUGACUCAGGAAUAUUUUUCAAGGUUCCAGGAAGUAAACCCUUUUCUUAAAAUGCAGGUCUGCAAAACUUCUGUUUUUCCAUGGCUUCAGGCCUCUGAGUCUUGGCCUUUCACAUACAUCAAGGUGCUUCCUGCUGUUCCCUGGUUUCCUUGCUGGAAUUCAGCUAAAUCUCUCCUAUAACAGCAUCAGGAUCCAGCC